AACAUCGCAGGCCUGCUUUGCAAAGAGGGUGCAGGCGUGACGUACAAACCCACAAAGAACUUGGGUUCGCAUUGGCCUACAAUUUUCCAAAAGUGCAGCUUUGUCUUCAGAAGUCUUCUGCAUUUCUACAUUCAUUGUGCUGUUUUGACGUGAAGUAUCGAGAGGACGGGGACGCAUUUUGACCUUUUUAUAGCAGCAAAAAAUAAAUAAAAGCCGAAUAUUGAAGAUCCGAAGUUCAGCAUGAAGACUAUAACGUGGUUUGGUUUUGUGCUGGGCGCACUCUCUGCUGCAGGGGAAGUGAUUUGGACAAAACCAGGGCAGACUGCCAUUUUCAAAUGUCAAAUCGACACCUACCGUUCACUGGAGUGGCUUCAUCAUGGAAAUACACGGAUCAUUAGAGUUGAUGGGAAGACUGGCCAACAAAACAAAGCUCAGAGUGAUAUUGCAAAAAGGUCAACAGUAAGUGAAACAACUCUGACGGUCUCUUCAGUGAAGGAAGGAGACGCCGGAAAGUUCACUUGUAAGGUAUACGGGAGAAUACAAGAACAUACGCUUCUUGUUGUCUCAGUCUCGCCCAGCCCCUCUGGUGUUUUCCAGGCGGGCAGCACAGCUACACUCCAGGUAAAAGGUCUGAGCUCUGGCACCUUGGUGCAGUGGAAGGAUCCAAAUGGACAUCUCACAGAUUCCGCAACGAUUCAGCUCGAACCGGUAGCCCCCUCCCAUGAAGGGACCUGGGAGUGUUUGGUCACACUAGACAAAGUGGCCUACAGUGAAAGCCUUGAAAUCAAAGUCGAAGUACCAGCUCCUGAAACAGCUGCAUCAUUACCUAAGCAAAACUCAGAGGUCGACGUCCAGCCACCCUGCCACAACUGUGUUACUAACCCUCAACCCAAGGAGACCCCGCUGCUGGAGCUCAGCUGGUGGGUGUGGGUUUCAUUGGGAGUUGGCUGCCUCGUUGUGAUUCUCCUGAUUGUCUUUGUCAUAGUUUUGUGCAAGAGGAUCAGAAGAAGGAAGAGAGAAUAUCAGAGGAGGCAGAAUGGCCACCAGCCACUGAAGCCCCGACAGUUCUGCCAGUGUAACCGCCCAACAGCUGCAGCCAAACCGCAGCAAGGACGCCGGAGAGAGAAGCCAUUGGCCCUCCCCCGGCAACCCCUGCUAAUGGAGUGACAUGAAAGGCAGAUCGAAGAAAGGCGAGAUAGAGGAAAAAAAAGAAAGAGGGAGUGUGCGAAGAAGUGAAAGAGAAGGGAUAGAUAGAGAUAAAGAAAGAGAGAAGUGAGUGAAAGAGAACCCCAGUGUGAAUACAGCAUGAAUUUAAAUGGGCUUUUGAAUGUUCUUGAUGAAAAUAAAAAUCAAAUGUAAUGAUGUGGGCACUUUGAGCUUUUUCCACCAAAUAUAACAAGUGAGCUGAAUGCAAAUAAGUCCUUCAACUGCCAGAGAGAACAGCAACAGUCUGUACUUUUUUCUUUUUUUUUGCUUGUAUGCUGUAUAAUGAAAUGUUAUGCCUAUCCUUGAACAAAGCAUGGUCAACUUCUAUUGUCCUCCAUGAUCUACUGUGUUUCACUGUUUGAUGUUUAUGUACACUUGGUCUUCUUUUCUGUAGGUUGUAAAUAAAAUAACGAGUGCA